AUGUCUCAAAAAACGGUAAUUUUUAAUGUUGGAGGUACAACGUUUGAAAUCACUAAAGAUCUGUUCAAUGCUCACCCAAAGAGUACUUUGUUUAAACUAGUAAAUCCGUCAUCAUCAUCAGAAGUAGUUGAAUUACAAUUACGAGAAUUUGGUCUCGACGAUGAUAUUAAUUUGAUUGUACCAGAUCAAAGUGUCGCUAAAGUAUUUGGUGAUGCUAAACGCGAUGAAAAAGACGGCGUGCUUGAAGCUAAGGGAGAUAAUAAUGUUUUGCCUUCUUAUGAACAGGCUUUGAGUGGAUUUUCUGCUUCUUACAAUUUGAAUCCGGAUAAAAAAAGAAGUGAGAAUGAUGGAACUGCGUUGAAAGAUGACGUUAUGAUCUCUACUCUCAGAAGAAUUGAUACGUUGGUUUCAGACGUGAUCUUGCCUUACCUAAAACGUCAUGCAAAACGUGGCCAUCACCAAGUGACCUUUUAUUUGACACCACAUAAUGUCACAUCAAAAAAUAUUACAACAGAAUUGGAAAAUAUCAAUAAUCCACAUGAAUGGAUUCAUUUACCAAUCGACUCAUCCACGUUAGAGAGAAACGAUGACUUGGGAAAUGAUUUGCCUGAUCUGAAAUUCUUGCUUCAAAAAAUGGAUACGCUCGAUCAAAUUCAAGAUUUUAUUAUUAGUAAAUCUGGUGCUAAAAAGUGCACCGUGAACAAAAUUGAAGUUAGUUGUAGAAGUGAAAACGAAUUUGGAUUAUAUAGUUCUAAAAGUUGGGAUAUCGUUCAAAUCUUUGUUGUUAUUGUUUAA